UUUUUUUUUUUCCGCUUUCCCUUUUCCCCCUCUCUCUGUCUCUCUCCCUCUCCUCGAUCCGCGGCGCAAACCGAAACACGAAAGCGUGGAGAGGAGUGCAGCCGCUGCCCCCCGGACGCGCCGACAUGGAGCUGUUCUACCAGCUGCUCCUCACGGCGGUGGCCUCCCUCCUCGUCGCCUUCCUGCUGGCCAGGCUCCUCGCCGCCGCCGCCACAGCCAGUGACCCCCGCCGCGAGCCCGAUCACGGCCUCGUGAUCACGCGGGAGGAGGAGGAGGCGGUGGUGGAGGGGGAGGAGCAGGAGAGGAUCAUCGAGGUCGAUGAGGUCGAGGUGAAGAGAGCGCGCGUGGGGGAGGUUCCGGCUGCGGAGGAGUGGGUCGAGGUGAGGAGGGCCUCAGCAGCGGAGGGGAAGCUCGAGUGCUUACCGGAGGCUCCUGUGAAGGCCGCUCGAGAGCUUGUUCUCGAUGCCGUUUUGGAGGAUCGCAAGGAGAAAACACAAGUUGCCGAUGAGCGGUGCGAUUUGGCCGCUGCGGCAGAAGAGGUUGUGGGAGUGAAGCCGCGCGAGUUGGGGGUUGAAGCUGUUUCCGGGGAGGUAUUUGACGUGGCGCUGGAGGAAGAGAAGGUGCAGGAUGUUGGCGUGAAGCAGCAUGAUUUGGUUGAUAAGGUUGCUCCAAAUGACGCUCUUGACACCGGGUCGGAGAAACAGGGUGUUCCCAUCAUUGAAGCUGUUGAAGUGAAGCAGCGGGAUGAUCUGGGUGCUGAGAUAGCUCGGAGUGACGUUCCUGAGGUGGGAUUAGAGCAACAGGGAGUUCGCAUUGUUGAAGCUAUUGAUGUGAAGCAACAACAUCAGGAUAAUCUGGCUGCUCCUGUGGAAGAUAUUGGCGCAGGAUUGGAGGAGAGAGUGCAAGCCAUUGAAGCGGGGUUAUGUGGAUUAACUUCUGAGGCAGUUCCUGAAGAGGUUACUAAUGAAUUGUCUGAGAAGCAAGAAGAAGUUAUUGAAGAGAAGGAACAUCAAUUGGCUGCAGAGACUGCUCCAAUAGCAAUUUUUGAUGUGGCCUUGGCAGAGACGGAGGAACUUAAACUAGAAGAAUCCCAUGAAGAAGCUAUCAAUGUUCAUGAAGAAGAUCAGAGUAAGGGCAAAUCUAAAUGCGAGCCCCAUCUGGUUGAUCAACAAGAAGGUUUGGCUUCUAAGGUGGAGUUAGCGGGGAGGAAGACUGAUAAUGUGGAAAUUAGCCAUGAAAGCAGUUCUAAUGACAAAAUGGUUGCUGAGUUGCCUGAGAAGGAAGUGGCAUUGCAGGGGAUGCCGGCAGAUGAGGCUGAAACAGACAUGGAAUUUGGGGAGUGGGAAGGUAUUGAGCGAACUGAGGUAGAAAAGAAGUUUGGUGCGGCAGCAGCGUUUGCAUCUAGUGACGCUGGGAUGGCUGCCCUGUCAAAGCUUGAUAGUGAUGUGCAGCUGCAGCUGCAAGGACUCCUCAAGGUUGCCAUUGAUGGUCCAUGCUAUGACUCGACACAGCCACUUACCUUGAGGCCUUCAUCCCGUGCAAAGUGGACUGCUUGGCAAAAGCUAGGGAACAUGCAUCCAGAGACAGCUAUGGAAAGAUACAUGGAUCUUUUGUCAGAUACUAUUCCAGGAUGGAUGGGUGAAAAAAUCUUGGUAACUUGUUGUGACACAAAGAAACAUGAAGCUGGUGGUGAUGCUGGAGGAUCUGUCUUAACAAUGACUUCUCAUACAAGCAAUCAACAUGACAUUCAAGGGAACAAAGAGGAUACUGACAUGUAUGGAAGUCACUUGACAAGUUCCCCUAGCCCGGAUAAAGGACAGAGUUCUGACAUCCCAGCUGAAUGAACAUAACACUCACUGAAGAUUUCUUGCAUCAAUGAUUUCAGCCCAUUGCUGAGACCGCUAUUGAUGGCCUUCCUCAUAAGAUUAGAUUUGUACAGUGCUCGUGGUUGUGCUCAUAUUGGUAUUGUCACGGUGUUGGUUUGUGUAUAUAUAUCACUGUAUAUAUAUCAGUAGCUACCGGUCCUACUGCGUGUAUUUCGCCAGCAGCAGACUUAUCAUCUGGUAUUCUGGUGUAGUCUGUGAAACAAUACCAUCUGGUGAGUGAUAAUUAUAUGUCAUACGAUGCAGUUUGGAAGGAGAAAUUGAAGUGAUUGAAAAGCCAGUUCAAAAGUCUGAACUGACAAUAAUCUCGUUAGAAGGAACAUAAUUCUUUA